AUGGCCGCCCAGGCGCGGUCGGCCCCGAAGAUGCGGACGGCGACGCUGACGACGCGCGAGGACACGCUGACGACCCUCGAGCGGCCGCGGCGGCCCAUCGAGGAGAUGGAGCAGCGCCGCGCCCAGGAGGCGAAGAUCGAGGACACGCAGAAGCGGAACGCGGAGGUCUUUAGUUCGACGCAGCGCGCGCUCUGGGAGCAGAAGACGUUCGGGGUCAUCAAGAACCGCGUGCGGAACAACCGCAUCCGCGGCCUCAGCGACCAGCACGAGCGGGCGCUGACGGAGCGGCGGAACCGGUUGGCCUCCCUCUUAGCCGCCGACAGCGCGGAGUGGCGCCGCGAGGUCGAGAUGUUCGGCGACACCAUCGAGGUCCGGAAGCAGCGCCUCAGCGACCGCGCCUACGCUUUGGGCGAGCGCCGCGAGAAGGAGCGCCAGGCCAACGUCGACGAGUGCUUCCGGCGCCAGCGCCGCCUGGCCUGCGACGACGUCCGGUCCCGCGACAGCCAGGCCGUCUUGGAAAUGGUCGCCGAGAGCCGCAAGGACCAGAUCCUCGAGAAGCAGCAGCGCCUCGAGGUGGAGGCGAAGGACGAGGAGGACUACGUCGUCAAGUGGCGCGCCCAAUUGGAGGCCGCCGAUAAAGUAGAAGCGGACAAGAUCGCGUUCCAGAUCUCGCGCCAGUUCGCCGUCAAGGACGUGCUCGACGAGCAGGUCAAGGACCUGCGCCGCCGCAAGGAGGCCUGCCAGGAGAAGCGCAUGGACGACGCGAAGCGGGAAUUAGAAGAGUGGAAGGUCGCCAUGGACGCGGAGAAGAAAGCCGUCGCGGACGCGCGCGAGGACGCGCGGCGCCGCGGCGCGGACGUCGCGGGCUUCAACAACGUCUUCGACCGGCGGCGCGCCAAGGUCAAGGCCGAGACCAUGGCCCACGACCUCACGCUCCUCGACUACGCGCUCCGCUGCGAGAAGGCCGACGACGCCAAGGACGAGGCCAAGGUCGCGCACGAGAAGGAGAUGGCGCUCCGCUACAAGUCCUAUCUCGACGGCUUCGAGAAGGUCAAGGAGGUCGACGAGGCGCGCGUCAACGCGGACCGCCUCGUCAUCGAGAACCGCAUCUGGGAGGCCAAGGACAAGGAGCAGCGCGACCAGAUCGAGGCGCGCCUCUACUUGAUGGCCCAGGUGGACCUCGGCCGCAAGCAGCAGAUGGCGGACAAGGCCCAGGCCGCCAUCGAGGAGCGCGCGGCCUACGGCGCGGAGAUCCAGGCCAUCCGCGACCAGCAGGAGGCCGCGAACCGCGACGAGGACCGGAAGCGCGAUUUACGCCUCAGAGCCGCGCGCGCGAACCAGGCGGGCGUGCGCCAGCUCAUGGUGUCCAACGCCAAGGCGCGGGCCGAGGCGAAGCAGGCCGAGUACCUCGAGGCGCGCCUCAUGGACAAGGUCGAGAUGGCCCACGCGAAGAGCGUCGCGAACGAGGGCGGCAUCGUCAACACGCACCACCCCCUCCAGUCGACGAAGUGUGCCGUCAUGGCGCGCCUCCUGAACAAGAUGAUGGACGUGCAGCGGACGCUCGAGGCCGAGAUCGACGCGUCCAUGGGCCUCAAUCUCACGACGACAACAACAUCGCCGGACGACGCGCCCGUCGCGGCGCCGCCGACGGCCGACGCGCCGCCCGGAGAACCCAACGGCGCCGGCCACGACGACGCGCUGCGGCGGGCCCUCGCGGGCAAGGAGGCGGAGCGCGAGGAGCUUCUAGCCGAGGGCACGGAGCUCGCGGCGAAGCUCGGCGCCGCGGAGCGCCGAAACAAGGCGCUCAAGGCCGACCGCGACGACAAGGCGGACGCCGUCGCGCGCCUCGAGGCCGCGCUCGCGAAGAACGAGUCCGGCGACGGCGGCGCGGCGGCCCUGCGCUGCGCCGACCUCGAGGGGCAGGUCGCGGGCCUCGAGCGCCGCGUCGCGUCGCUGCAGGCCGAGAGCGUCGGCCUGAAAAAGGUCGUCGCCGCGGCCGCGGCGGCGCGCGACGACGCCGCGCGGAGCCGGAGCGCGCUCGAGGCGAGCGAGCGCGCGAAGGCGGCGCUCGAGAGCGACCUCGCGAGCGCCCGGGCGCUCACGGGCGAGCUCCGGGCGGAGCGCGACGACUUCCGCGCGCUGUGGGAGCGCGCGGCCGAGGCCGCGCCCGCGCCGGACGGCGGGGACGUCGCGGCGGCCCACGCGGAGGCCCUGGAGGCCGCGGAGGCGCGGGCGCGGGCGCGCGUCGACGACGCGGAGCGGUCCGCGGCCGCGAAAGUCGCCGCCGCGCGCGAGGCGCAGCGGACCGCGGAGCGCGAAAGAGACCUGCUCCGCGACGACGCGGACCGGGCCGCGGCGGCGGCCGCGGCGGCCCCGGAAGUGGACGCCGACGACCUCGCCGCGCGCCUCCACAAAACGGAGCUCGAGCGCGACGCCAUGGAGCGGAGUUUGCGCGAGGCCGUCGCCGACGCGGCCAAAGCCAAGCGCGCGCUCCGCGCGCCGGCGGCCGCGGCGCCCGACGCCGCGCAGCACGCGGCCUGGAGGGCCGAGCAGCGGGGCCGCGCGGCGGAGACGGACGAGCUGCGCGCGCGCCUCGAGGCCGCGGACAGCGAGCGGCGCGUGCUGCAGGUCAAGCUCGCGCGGGCGCUCGACGACGCGGGCGACGCCAAGGACGCGCUGCACGGCGCCACGGCCGCGCAGGCCCGGGAGGUGGAGCUCCUCCAGACGGAGCUCGCGGCGACGCGCGACGACCUGCGCGACGUCAAGGCGUCGUUCCACAAGACGCUCGAGGUGCUCGUCGCGGACGACGGCGCGGGGCCCGCCAAGCCCCGCCGCGACGACGCGCCCGAGUCGACGGCGUCGCCGCCGGCGGCCCUCGCCGAGGAGCCCGCGUCGCCGCCCCGCGACCGGACGCAGACGGACACGCUCCCCUAUGGACUAAGCGCGCUGCAGCUGCGCCGCGAGUUCCUCGACCACUGGCUCGCGCUCGACGCGCUCGUGUGCUGCGUCGACGGCAAGCACGUGCGCCUCCAGUCGCACGGGGCGACACAGCACGGCGCGCUGUCGCUCGGGCUGCACUGGGAUGGCAUCUGUGCCUCCAUCGCCGAGUACCAGCGCCUUCAGCUCGCUCACCCCGAGCUGCCCGAUCUCCCGGCGUCGACGACGCUCGAGGACUUCAAGGAGCUCAUCCUCAACGGCAAGCUGCCCGUCGAACAGUGGCGCGCUGUGUACUCCGACCUGGGCAUCGACUUGGUGCUCGUGGCCGCGCCCGCGGACAUGAACCGCGAGGCCAUGCUCGGCGGCGCGAACAUCUUCGCGGCGGACAUCUUCAAGGUCCAGCCGCAGAGCCUCUACGAGCUGACGGCCGUCCUCGCGGGGCAGGAGGUCGUCGCGGCCAUGCGCGUGGGCGACAAGUUCGUGGAGGUGCGCUUCUACCACGCGGUCGGCGCGCUCAAGCGCCACCGCGCGGGGCUCGUCGUCUCGCAGCUCAUCCCCAAGGGCAAGGCGCCGCAGGCGCGCGCCGCCGCCCUGGCGGCGCUCCGCUGCCGCGCCGAGGGCGCCACGGGCCUCCUCGACGAGGCCUUCGGGUCCGACGCGUCGCUCGCGGGCCUCCUCGGCGACGGCGGCGGCUUCGACGAGUCGCUGCUGACCCUCGACGACGCGCUCGCGGACACGUCGCUGAUCUUCGACGGCGCCGUGGCCCUGGGCGACGACGCGGCGCUGCUCCUCGGCCUCGACGAGCCCGGCGACUCGCUGUUCGCCUCGACCGCCGCGGACGUCGACGCGGCGCUGGACCCGGGCGCCGCGCGCACGCUGCAGCUGGCGCACACGAGCGACCUCGCGCGCGCCCGGUACGUGCCGGCCGCCGACCGCCAGGCGUCGGAUCCCGAGGCCUACGAGAAGUGGCGCGCGCACCAGGCCAAGAAGGCGCGUAUCCGACUCGCCCGGCUCAAGGCGUCGGAUCCCGAGGCCUACGAGAAGUGGCGCGCGCACCAGGCCAAGAAGGCGCGUAUCCGACUCGCCCGGCUCAAGGCGUCGGAUCCCGAGGGCUACGAGAAGUGGCGCGCCCACAAGAACGAGCUGAAGUACAACCGCCGCCACGGCGGCGCGCCGCCGCGGCCGUACGUGGACAAGCGCGCGAGCGGACUGAAGUGCAACGGGGUUUUGUUGAACACGCCGCUUGCCAUGAGCGUCGACGACAUCCGCGCGCGCACGAACGCUCGAAGGCGGCAUUUAGAAACGGACCGCAAAAACAAUGUCGGCUGUGAGGGCCAGGCGACGCACAUGUGUGCUAUUUGUCAUCGGCCGUUCAAGUCGCCGCGCGGUUUGAGCAUCCAUUUGGCGAAGUCCGAGUCCUGCCAGGAUCUUAUCCGCGCCUCCGCGCCGCCGCCGCCCUUCGGCGCGCCGCCGCCCUUCGGCGCGCCGCCCUUCGGCGCGCCGCCCUUCGGCGCGCCGCCGCCCUUCGGCGUGCCGCCGCCCUUCGGCGCGCCGCCCUUCGGCGCGCCGCCGCCCUUCGGCGCGCCGCCGCCCUUCGGCGCGCCGCCGCCCUUCGGCGCGCCGCCGCCGCCCGCGCCGCCGCCGCCGCCACCGCCGCCGCCGCGGGCCCUGCCGCCGCCGAAGAAGGCGAAGAAUUCCGAAACCACCAUGGUCAAGGAGAACCCCGUGGCGCGGCGCACGCGCGCGCGGUCGCCCUUCGAGCCUUCCGGCGGCGGGCCGGGCCGCGGGCGCGUCUUCCGGCAGGCGGGCCUCCUGGAGCUCGUCGCCGAGUUCGCGGGCUCGACGCGGCACGUCGCGUCCUUGGACCGCGCGGCUCGGGCGACGGGCUCGGCCGUCGCCGAGCGCUUCGCGGCGCACUAUUUGUACGUGUUCCCCAUGGAGCGGGGCGACCAGAAGCCGCCCAUGGCGCCCAUGGCCGGCGCGCGGCUCCACCUCGGGACGCACCGCUGGGAGCGGGUCGAGGGCGUCGCCGCGGCGCCGCCGGAGCCCGGCGCCGAGGAGCCCGGCUCCGCGUUCAUCCCCGAGAUGGCCGCCGUCGCGAGCGCGGGCGACCGCCGCGGCGAGCGCAUGCGCUUCUACACGCAGUGCGCGUCCUACGCGCCCCUGGAUUCCCACUACGAGUUCGACCCGGAGACGGAUCGCUGGUCGCCGCGGCCGCGGCUCAGCGACGCCGCGGAGCGGAGCGGCGAGGUCGUCGUGCGCCUCUCGGCCUUCAAGACCGUCGGCGACGACCUCUACGUUUUAGGCGGCGUCGACGGGACCUUCGCGCCGUCCGCGGCCGUGCGGCGGUGCCGGGGCGGCGUCUGGUCAGACGUCGCGUCGAUGCGGACGGCGCGCUUCGCCGCGUGCGCCGUCGCCGUGGGCCGCGCGGGUCUCGUGGUCCUCGGGGGCUACGCGCGGACCUUCGGCGAGGGCAACGCGCAGUCGCGGAGCGCGGAGCGCUACGACGUCGCGGCGGACGCGUGGCGCGAGCUGCCGGAUCUUUUGCCGGACGGCGGCGACGCGCGGGAGGGCGACCUGCUGACCGCGGAGGUCCGCGGCGCGAUCUACGCCGUCGAGGCCCACUACACGCGGCAGCACCUGGCGCGGGUCCAGCGCCUCGCGCCGGGCGACGCGCGCUGGUCCUUCUGCGCUCGGCUGCCGACGCCGCCGACGGGCGCCGCGCGGCCGCGCGACGACGGCGCCGAGGAGACCUUCGCGACGAACGUGCUUUUGGGGGCGUCGGACACGCUCCUCGCCAUGUCCGGGCGCAUCGACUCCGACGACGCCGUGGCGUCGUCGCCCGUGCUCAUCCAGGGCUACGACGCUUCGCGCGACGAGUGGAGCCCGCUCUACGAGAUCCUCGACCCGGCGCUCGGCUUCACGGCGCUGCUCUUCCACGACGCGGUCUACUUCCCGCUCCGCGGCGCGCGGGAAAGCGCCGCGGACGGCGAGCGCACGGCCAUCGGCUGCUACGACCUCGCGAGCGGCGUCGGCCGCGCGCUCGGGGGCUCCACGCGCCACUGCGACCCGCGCCAGGGGCCGUCCUUCGUCGUCGGCCGCGCGCCCGAGAGGCCGCGCGCGGCGAGCCCGGCGCCGAGCCCCGCGGCGAAGUCGAGCCCCGCGUCGAAGCCCUCGCCGACGGCGAAGCGGCAGAGCAAGCUCGCGGCCGCCCGCCAGCUCCGCGGAACUUAA